AUGGCUACCGGGGCUCCAUUAACAGCAGAAACCCCCUGCAACAAAAUUAUCGGCAUAACGCAGCAGCAACGAGAUAAACUCCCCAAACUAGAGCCUCGAAAACGAGUUCAACAAGACUCCUCUCCAAUUCCCGAAACUCCAUGCUUACCUGCUCCACCUAAAUUACAAAGCUUAGAUUUCAAGAAGCCAUCCAGACGGAUCUUAUCGGCUAAUGACCAUGCCCUUUUCCUGGAUUCACAGGCCUACAAGCUGUUACUAGCUUUUAUUUUUGGCCUAGCUGAUAUGGUAGCUGACACCCCCAUUUCUUCAGUCAAGGAUACAGAUAUUAGUCCUACACUCAGGAUUAUAUUGAAGAUUCUUGAUCAAGUCCAGGAUACCGUCGAACUAUGCCCACCCGAAGAUCAGGGAAACUCACGCUUUGGUAACCGAGGCUUCUCUAAUUUCAUGAAUCUUUGCAACAAAGAGCAUUCUCGCUGGCACGAACAAUUUGAUAUGCCUCCUGCCGCCAUUACUGAAGUUUCAACUUACCUUCUUCAAUCUUUUGGCGAUGGUUCACGGAUUGAUUAUGGUUCUGGGCAUGAACUGAAUUUCAUGAUAUGGCUUCUAUGUCUUUAUCAACUUGGUCUUAUUACACCUUCAGACUUCCGCCCCCUAGUGCUAGUUAUCUUCACAAGGUAUCUAGAACUUAUGCGUCUUAUACAAUCUAAAUAUUAUCUCGAGCCAGCUGGCUCACAUGGAGUAUGGGGGCUAGACGACUACCAAUUUCUCCCGUUUCUUUUUGGAUCGUCUCAGCUCCGGAGCCAUCCGCAUCUUCGACCCCUUUCUAUUCAUCAAGAAUUUAUACUUGAACAAUAUGGCAAAGACUAUAUGUAUUUGGGACAAGUUUCCUUUAUCAAUAGCGUCAAAAAUGUUGAGGGUCUCCGUUGGCAUUCGCCUAUGUUAGAUGAUAUCUCUUCCGCAAAGUCAUGGGCUAAAGUUGAAGCGGGUAUGCGGCGUAUGUUUAUUGCUGAGGUUUUGAAGAAGCUUCCUGUUAUGCAACACUUCUUAUUUGGCUCAUUAGUUCCUGCAGCUGAUGGGAUGACUCAAGAAGAUCUUUCACAAGUAAAAGAGGGGGCAGAGAUAAACGAAGUUGGACAUACACACACAGAACCUAACAAAAAUCAUGCUCACCCGGUGACAGGCUGGGGUGACUGUUGUGGUAUCAAAGUACCUAGUAGUUUUGCUGCGGCUCAGGAAAUGAAAAAAAGCGCAGCUGCAGGUAGUCAAUUGCGAAGAAUUCCUUUUGAUUAG